AUGCUUUUCAAAUCGAUUGUAGCUGCGUUUGUUUUCUCAGCAUCGACCCUGGCUUCCUCCACCACUGUCCCCGAGUGCAUCUAUCAAUGCUUCACGACGGCUUCUGCGAGCAUUGGAUGCAAUGGGUUAGACUCUGAAUGCGUCAAGUCGUCUUCAGAGUUUAAUACGGUGGCUGAGAAAUGUAUCUCUGAGAAAGGAUGCACAGGGCUUCCUCAGGCUGAAGGCGGUGAAAACACCGCCGAAGCUCUCAAUUCAUUCAUCGCCUCAAUUCGUCCGACAGAUGAGGUUGAAGGGAAUCACCCUUUAGGUGCUGCGGUCAAGCGCACCCCUCGCAGCUCCAACGGUUCAUUUGGUUCUCUCGAGAAGCGCCAAUGCAACUCUGGCAGGGAAGUAACGACGGAAACUGUGUUAAAUGUCAAGGAGGGCUGUGCUCAGGGUUUUUGGGUCUGA